AUGAUGCAUGUGUGGCCCAUCGCGGCGGCAUUGGCAUCAGCAGUGCGUGCUAUCCCGCUGCCAUCGUGCGGCCAUUGGACGCCCGACUUCCCCACCGAUCGGCACUACAACACGACCCCUACGAUCUCGACGGACAAGCUCAACGUGCACUUGAUUCCCCACACCCACGACGACCCUGGCUGGCUGCUCACCGUAGACCAGUACUUUACGCAAGAAGUCGACUACAUCUUGGACACGGUCGUGACCGAGUUGCAAAAGGACCCGAACCGCCGCUUCAUGUAUGUGGAGCAAGCAUUCUUUCAGCGCUGGUGGCGUGAGCAGACCAAAGAAACCAAGCAACUAGUUAAGCAACUCGUGAAGAACGGCCAAUUGGAUCUGUCGGCCAACGGCGGAUGGGUCAUGCACGACGAAGCGACUCCGCACUACACGACGAUGCUCGAUCAAACUGCUUUUGGCCACAAGUUUCUACUGGAUGAAUUUGGUGUGAUCCCGCGCAUUGGAUGGCAGAUCGAUCCAUUUGGCCAUUCAUCGACCCAAGGCUCGCUCUUGUCGGCAGGCAUUGGCUUUGACGCUCUGUACUUUGCUCGAAUGGACUAUCAAGACUAUGACUAUCGUAAAAAUAACAAAGACUUGGAAUUCAUCUGGAAAGCGUCCGAAUCGCGCAACGAGUCCAUCUUUACCGGAAUGAUACAAGAUGGGUAUGGCGCUCCUGGCGGGUUUAAUUUUGGAGAUGAGGAACCAAUCAAGGACGACCCGUACUUGCACGACAACAACGUGUGCAGGCGCAUCCAAGAAUUUGCCCAAGUGAGCUUGGAACGCGCUCGACAUACCAAAGGCAACCACAUAUUUUGGCCCAUGGGCAUGGACAUGGAGUACCAGAAUGCGGUCAAGUGGUUUAAAAAUAUGGAUAAGUUGAUACAUUACUCCAACCAAGCUGGCCAACUCAACGUAUUGUACUCAACCCUGGGCCAUUAUACCGACUUGAAGCUCCAGGACAAACAUACUCAGUGGACCAUCAAAACGGACGACUUCUUUCCGUAUGCCAACGAACGGUUUGGGUACUGGUCUGGCUAUUUUUCCAGUCGCCCGACAUUUAAAAAGUACGUCCGUGUGGCCAACGGGUUAUUGCAGUCGGUCCGGCACUUGGAAGUGUGGACGCAUGCAAGUCAUAGCUCGGUAAACCACUUGGCGGCAACCGUGGGACUGUCGCUGCAUCACGAUGCAAUCACUGGCACGGAAAAGCAGCUCGUCGCAAACGAUUAUGCGCUGCGGGUGUCGGAAGGUGUCGAGAGCGGUACCGCCCGGCUCAGCCAGCUCUUCCACAGCCAAUCAGUGGCGUUGUGUCUGCUGGCGAACGUAAGUGUGUGCGCUCCAAGUGCCACCUUACGGCCGUUCACGUUUGUCGUGUACAAUCACUUGACCAGUGUACACACGUACACUGUCACGUUGCCGUUUCGGGCCGAAAAUGCGCACGUUCGAUUGGCCAAUGGCUCGACGGUACCCAGUGCCGUGGUGCCGUUUGUGUCAGUGUACGGUAAAGUGCCAUUGAAACACCAAGCUCCCAACACGUUGGUGGUUGAAACUUUGCUGCCGCCGCUGGGCUGGGUGGCGUACCACGUCGUUCCCGGCAAGGAAAAUUCCCAUCCACCGUCCGUUCACGGUCACGUCGAGAGGGAAAAUUCCCCGCCAACAACACCCCCACCGUCGUCUCCAUCGAUACAGGCCAAGCCUAUGAAAUGGGAAACAAAUUCAUCUGCGACAGAGUCCACACUCGUAUCGACUGGCAAUGCGUUCGUUGAGAUGACCAUAAACACUGCGACAGGGUCGCUUGUGUCUCUGACUCACAAGGCUUCGCAUACGACCGUCCAUAUUACGUCAUCGCUCAUGUAUUAUCAAGCGUUUGCGAAAUCCGAUGUAUCGUUUUCGUCGGGGGCGUACGUGUUCCACCCCAACACGUCGGCUGUCCACCCGUUGCCAUCUGUGACAUCGUUCGAGUGCAAUUCUCAAUCAAACGACCUUGUGGCGUCGUGUGUGUUUAUAUUUGGGUCGUGGGGAACGUUGCAGUACAAGUUAAGUCGCCAUGAUGUGUCUGUGCAAGUCGAGUGGACGGUCGGGCCCAUUCCCAUUGACGACCACCAAGGAAAAGAAGUGAUCCUUCGAUUCGACACGUCCAUCCAGUCCGAGAAAACGUGGUACACGGAUUCGAACGGGUUGGAGUUUGUAAAGCGCGUACGAGACUACCGCGAGACUUGGAACUUGACGCUGCACAACGAAGAAGAAAAGGUCGCAGCCAACUACGUGCCCAUCACGAUUGCCACGUAUAUCCGAGACAAGUCCAAUCAAUUCAACGUCAUCACAGACCGAGCCCAAGGCGCGGCCAGUUUGAAAGACGGGUCGUUGGAAGUGAUGGUCCACCGUCGGUUGUUGGAGGACGACCACAAGGGUGUGAACGAGCGGUUGAAUGAAACAGAAACGCUCGAGUUUGCCAACAACCAAACCCCAACCCAAGGGCUGACUGUACGGGGAUCGGUGGCUAUCAGCGUGGGCCCCCAUGAUCCUGCCAUGGCCACCUUGCGAUUCGAAAUGCACCGGCGGUACUUAAGUCCCCUGGUAUGGUUGACCGAAUUCAACCAAUCAACGACCUUUCCUUCCAAAACCACGACAUCUGAUUGGGCGAAUCGCCUCCCAUCGAACGUCGGGUUAACGUUGCUCGAAGUCAAGUGUCCCCGAUGCCUUCGGCUCCGCCUCACGCACUUGUUUGCUAUUCACGAACAUUCGACGUGGUCGGCGCCUGCGACGGUGGAUUUUGGAACGGUUUUGAACGGCCACUUUAUCGCGUUUGACGUGAAAGAAAUCAGUUUAACGCACAAUCGCGUCCUCCACGAUAAGGUCGGGACCACGGUCAAGCUGGAGGCAAUGCAAGUGCGGGCAUUUGAAGUGUGUGACAAAAGCCACCGCAGCCAUGCCAGCGUGUACGAAGCGCAAGUGUCCCAUCUGGCCACUGUCGUAGACGAGACCGCUGGAUUCUAAGGGCCAUUUAGUCUAUAUAUAUAAUAUAUAUACACUGGACAGAAUGGGCUAAUGUGUUAAUACAUAUCGACUGCA